AUGGUUCGGAACUAUAAAAGAAAGAAGGAGAAAGCUUAUACUCGAGAUAUGCUUCUUGAAGCUGUAAAACUAGUGAAGCAAAAAAAGUUAAACAGUUAUGCUGCAGCGGAACGAUUUAAUAUUCCUCGGUCAACAAUUAUAUCUCAUGUAUAUGCUACGCGUGGACAAAAACAGAUAAACCCUGGAAAAGAUACUGUAUUUUCAAGAUCAUUUGAGCAAGAAAUAUCUUCCUAUUUGAAAAUAAUGGAAAAAAACGGAUUUGCUUUGACGACAAAAGAAGUGAAGGCAUUGGUGUCAGAAUACGUUAAAAGAAAUGGUUUAAUCACGCCAUUUAAAGAAGAUAUACCAGGUGAUGAAUGGCUUCGAGGUUUUCGCAAAAGAAAUGGUUUAUCAAUAAAAAAACCGCAGUCAGUUGAAAUGGCCCGUAAACGGGCAUGCAAUCCGUACACAGUGUAUGAAUAUUUCGAUUUAUUAGAAGAUGUUUUGAACGAUCUUGAUCUUACUGUAAAACCUGAAAGGAUAUAUAACCUUGACGAGACCAGUUUCUGCAAUGAUCCAUCCAAAACCCGAGUCAUUGGUGAAAAAGGGGUUCGAUGCACCAGAACUACUAGUUCCCCGGGAAGAGAUAACACAACUGUAUUAUUGGCAACAAAUGCAGUCGGAGAUAAAGUCCCACCGCUUAUUAUAUUUCAGGGCAAACAUUUGUGGAAUGAGUGGUGUUACAAAGAUCAAACAGUCAAAACUGCUUAUACCGUUAGUCAGAAAGGCUGGAUGGAGACAUCAGUUUUUGAAAAAUAUUUCAAAAGCGUAUUUUUACCUGCCAUUGGAAAUGACAGGCCCGUUUUAGUUAUAUGCGGAACUCCACUCAGGGAUUAUGUAUAA